AUGGCCGCUGAGAACGCAGCGGCUUCACCACCUCCGUGGUACGCCGUGUAUCCGGCACCCAGGAACAGCCCGGCCACUAUCCUUCGCGAAGAAGUCCUCGACAUGAUGAAGGCUGGUGGGGUUGCUGCCGGGAAAGACUACCUUCUCGUGGAUUUGCGCCGCAACGACCACGAGGGCGGCACCAUUCGUGGCUCGAUCAAUCUCCCUGCGCAGAGUCUGUACCCUACCAUUCCAUCUCUGUAUGUUUUGAUCAAAGCGGCUGGUCUGCGCAACAUCAUCUGGUACUGCUCUUCGUCUCGCGGCCGAGGAAAUCGUGCUGCUGGGUGGUUCGGUGAUUACAUUGCGGAUCAAGGAGAUACCGAGAUGCAGAGUCUGGUCUUGGUUGAGGGUAUCACAGGAUGGGCGAAUGCAGGGGCUGAGUACGUUGAAUGGAUGGAUGGAUACGAUGCAAAUGUUUGGUCGAAGACUUGA